UCCCUAAACCCGCCACCAGACAAUACACUCACACAACACCAAUACUCUGCUUCAAACUCUGCAACUUCUGAUUUCUAUUACAAUAAGUAACUAUUUGAUUUGGUAGUGGUUUGGAUUAUUUCAUAGACUGAAUUAAAGUUACAAUAGUUAUGUUCUCUUCUCUAUCACAUUGAUAUUAAGCUUUGAAUUCUCUUAUUUUGUUUUAAUUUCACCGCACUCAACAUUUUUGAUGAAAUGCUUUAACCAUGUUUCUGGUUGGUUUUAUAAUUUCUAACUUUUAGAAACUUAGUAAGUUGAUUGCAUGUGAAAUUAGAAUAAUUGGAUCUUAGUAAUUAGGAAAUUUUAGCUGCACAAAUAGCAUCUUUGCAGAAAACAUAUUAGCAUGAUGAUUCCACUUGCAUUAGUGUUCUUCUGUUAAAUUUUAACCGUUAUUGUGAAUUUGUUAAUUUGCUAAUUGUUCUUGUGAUGUUGUUCUGUUCUUCUUCUGUUACUUUUAAUUUUUUUGUUUUUGUUGUGAUUUUCUGUUCUUGAUUUAAGCUGUGAUUGAAGGUUCCUUGGUUUUGGUAUUCUUCACUUUCCUGUAAGCUUAGCUUUUAAUUCUUUGAGCAUACACGGAUCAAAUCAUUGUUUUCAGCAAUGGUGAUUUUUAGAUUUUUUUGGGUUGCUUUGUUUUAAAUGUUCCUGUUGUUGUUGUGUUUUUGCUGUGAUUUAAAUGUUCUUUUGAUUCUUUUUUUUUUCCGAAUGCCCAGUCAGUACUUGGUUGAUUGGUUUUGCUCACUGAAUGUAUUUGAUGAUAAAUUUUAAAUUGAUAACUCUAUUACUUCUUUACUGUCUGUUUCUGUAGUUAAAUUUUAUUAAAGUUUCUUGAAUUUGCACUGCCUAUGUUAUUGAUUCACUGUUCCUUCAUUGCUUUUUUUUUUGUUAGUCAUUGUGAUGAGCUUUGUUAAAAUUGGGUUGAAAACUACUAAUCUUUCUUCACUUUUCACUGUUCUAACUUCUGUUCUUAUUAAAAGAUUUGCAAUUGGUGAUCUUUUGAUUUAUUAUAUGCUUCAUGUUUUCAUUGUUCUGUUCUUAUGAAGAAAAAAUUUGCAAUUAGUGAUUGUAUGAUUCGUGUUUUGAUUGUUUUGUUAUAUAAACAAAAUUCUGUUUUCAUUGUUUGGUUGCACUGUCUCUGUUCUUGAUCUCCGCCGACUUGCUACCCCUCCUCUGUGUUGGAUUCUUUUUGUGUCAGGCUUUGUUGUGUUUUUGUUUCAGCCUCUGUUGUGUUGUGUGUUUGUUUCGGGCUCUGUUGUGUGUUUAUUGUGCAACACUAUCAUUUUCUGUUUCACUUUUUUGACUUAGCUACAUUAAGACAAUAUUCUCUAUCUUUAACUUGUGCAUUGUAAUUCAAUCCAGCUAUUUUUGAAUGGAAGUAUAAUUAUGUUAAUUGUCAACAAAUUUGCAGCAAGUUAUUGCAUAUUUUGAUGAUUAAUUACAUUUAGUUGGUGAUAUUUUACGUAGGGUUUUAAAUUUGAAAGAUAUUUAGGAUGUUUGUUUAUAAUUUAUUUAUUAUUUUAUUAUGGAACGGUUUUUCCGGUUGAAUCACGAUUAGACCGAUUGGACCAAUAAAACAAUGAACCAGUGACUAAAACGGUUUGAUGACCGAUCUGGUUUUCAGAGCCUUGAUCACAACAGUCACAUCGUCACUGCAGCCUCUGCCUUUCGGUCAGACUUUGUCGUUGGUCAUCCAAAAACACAAAAUUGGCUGUACGUGGUUGUGAUUGAGUAGAUGAAGAAUGAACAUAAUUAGGCAGAGAUUGAUGCACACGCUUCGGCACGAUGGCCCAACAGAAACACUGAAGAAGAAGGCAUUGGAAUUGGAGAAGAAGAGGAAGACGAGGAAGCCCAAGAGCAAGGAACAGUUCAUCGUCCAAGUUCCCGAAAACUUGUCGUACCUCGACACCGCCACCAUGCCCAUGGUUGUCGCCGCCGUUGGCAUCGUAGUCUUUGCCAAGCUCCUCAUGAUGUAUGAUGAAUCAAGGGCCCAGGAGUUGCUGGAGCGGAAGAUCAAGCAUGCUCCAGCUGGUCAGGGAAGUGUGAGAAUGCUGAGCCGCGAGGAGUGGGACAAGGUUCGAGAACUCCGGCCUAGGACCCCGUUUGAGUCCAAGCUUGCCCGCCCUAAUGUGAGAAUCAGAACUGGAGAACCCUUGCGUCUUGAGGACUUGAAGGAUUGGACAAUUGAUGUUCUCAUGGAUGGUGUUACUAGAGCUGAAGAGUGUGGGAAACACGGUUCUUUAUAACUUCUCCUGGGUUUUAAGCUUGUCUUCUAAUUGCCCUUUCUUUUGUUCAAUCUCCAUUAGCCUGACACCGAGUUGAUCCUUUAAAUUUUAUACUGUAUUUCAGCCCCCUAUGCCAAACACAUUUGAUAUAAAGAGUGGUUUAUGCUCUGUUGUGAUGGCAUAAAAUUGUCGCAAUUCAUAAUAACUACUUUAGUUAUCUUCCUUUUUACCCAGGAAAAUUGCAUAGAAUUGUUUGGUAAAUAUGAAUUAUUG